GUGGGCCGGGCAGCCAUUUUGGGAAGAGCUUUGUUAUGGUUGUGGGCUCUCCAGCUCUGCGGGAUCAGGAAGCCGAGGACACGUCCUCAGACACCGCGGUGUCGCGUGCCUGGCUGCAGCCCGGCCGCUGCCCAUGUUAGAUUCCUGUGGCCUUUUAAAUUAUUGAAUAAUGAUGGAUAUGGAUCCAAAAUAAUAAAUGACUUCUCUACUGAAGCAAUAGAAGAUUCUUCACAUCACCUUCCAGUAGCUCAAUUUCAGUCUUCAGGAAAGGGCAAAACAAGUGAAAUACAGAAAACUGCAGAGAAGAAAACCUCACUUUGGAACUGUCUUUCUCCUUGACUACUCCUUAACCCCCAUCUUUCUACUUGUUUUAAUUUUGCUGUGAAUUUAUAAAUAGUGAAGACCAAAGAAAUAGAAGAUACAUUUGGGAGCUUUAUACCAAGAAAUUUGCCUUGAAAGCUGCUAUUCUUUGGAGGGAAAAGUAUAUCAAGUUCCUGUCUAAUUUUUUUUCAAACAAGAUUUCUUAUAUCCUUAGAUUUUGAAGAAUAAAACAAAUAUAAAUACAUAUCUGCACACUUUUUUAAGCAGCUGUGUAAGAAUAAUGAGAUUUGUAAAUUAAGGGCUUUUCAUGUGGAUGUUUUGCCACUGGAGUUGAAUGCUCAGAAGACCUUUUAUAGCUCUUUAAUAUUAUAUUUUUUAUCUGUCACUUAGAUGACAUUAUUUGCCCUUGCAAGUCCACCUAUCUUUCUAGUUAUGCCCUUGUUAUGAACAGUGUUUGUACUCACUGUGCAAAUAUCCAUGUAUUAUCUAUUUAAACAACAUCAUAGAGCCAUCACUCAAGGAAGUUGAAUGAGGUGAACAUAGACAUAGAUCUUUCCCCUUCCCCCCAUUUUUAAAUGUAACAAAUACUUUUUUCAUCUUCCUUUCCCCCUCCCCCUCCCCCCUUUUCCCUUUUGGAAACCGUGUCAGGAACUAGGUAGUUUAAGAUGAGCAAUUGAGGGGACUGAGAGAGUGAUCCACACAGAGCCUGGCUUCUUUGUGCUUCAUCAUAAGGUGUGCUGCUGGUCAGCCUUAUUAAGCACCCUUCUAACGAGAACCUCGUGGGAAAUCCAGCUGGCAGACUCAAGGAGUUCAGGAAACAGGACCACAGAGGUUACACUCUGGGAUCCUGGCCAUGAGGUUGAUGCCUCACCUUGCUGAGAAGAGACACUGGACCUCAAUGGUGCAGCAUGACUUUGUUCCUGCUUGGUUAAAUUUUUCAAUACCACAGGCAGGUAAGUCACCUACAGCCACCUUUGAAAAACACGGAGAGCACCUACCCCGAGGAGAUGGUAGAUUUGGAGUAAGCCGUCAUCAACAUAAUUCCUCUGAUGGCUUUUUUAACAAUAGACUUCUACGAACUACAGGAGAUUCCUGGCACCAGCCCUCCCUGUUUCUCCAUGAUUCUGUGGACUCGGGUGUCUCUAAGGGAACAUAUGCUGGAAUCACAGGAAACCUAUCUGGUUGGCAUGGCUCUUCCCGUGGUCAUGAUGGCAUGAACCAGCGUAGUGGGGGUGGCGCAGGAAACCAUCGCCACUGGAAUGGGAGCUUUCACUCCAGAAAAGGCUGUGCCUUUCAGGAAAAGCCACCUGCAGAGAUUAUGGAAGAAAGGAAAGAAGACAAGGUGGAAAAGUUGCAGUUUGAAGAGGAAGACUUCCCUUCCUUGAAUCCAGAAGCUGGCAAACAGAAUCAGCCAUGCAGACCUAUUGGGACCCCUUCUGGAGUGUGGGAAAACCCACCUGGUGCCAAACAACCCUCCAAAAUGCUAGCUAUCAAAAAAGUUUCCAAAGAAGAUCCUGCUGCUGCCUUCUCUGCUGCAUUCACCUCACCAGGAUCUCACUAUGCAAAUGGGAACAAAUCAUCCAACAUGGUUCCAAGUGUCUAUAAGAACCUGGUUCCUAAGCCUGCACCGCCUCCUUCCAAGCCCCGUGCAUGGAAAGCUAACAGAAUGGAACACAAAUCAGGAUCCCUUUCCUCUCGCCGGGAGUCUGCUUUUACCCGUCCAAUCUCUGUUACCAAACCAGUAGUGCUGGCCGGUGGUGCAGUUUUAAGCUCUCCCAAAGAGAGUCCCUCCAGCACCACUCCUCCCAUUGAGAUCAGCUCUUCUCGUCUGACCAAGCUGACCCGCCGAACCACCGACAGGAAAAGGAAGUUUCUGAAGACUCUGAAGGUUGACCGGAAUGGAGACUUCUCAGAGAACAGAGGCUGUGACAAGCUGGAGGAUUUGGAGGACAACAGCACGCCUGAGCCAAAGGAAAAUGGAGAGGAAGGCUGUCAUCAGCAUGGUCUCCCUCUCCCUGUAGAGGAGGGAGGGGAGGUCCUCUCACACUCACUGGAGGCAGAGCACAGGUUAUUGAAAGCAAUGGGAUGGCGGGAGUAUCCUGAAAAUGAUGAGAAUUACCUUCCCCUCACAGAGGAUGAGCUUAAAGAGUUCCAUAUGAAGACAGAGCAGCUGAGAAGAAAUGGCUUUGGGAAGAAUGGCUUCUUGCAAAGCCGCACUUCUAGCCUGUUCUCCCCUUGGAGAAGCACGUGCAAAGCAGAGUUUGAGGAUUCAGACACAGAAACCAGUAGCAGUGAAACAUCAGAUGACGAUGCCUGGAAGUAGGCACAUAAAUGUUCACAGUUAAAUCUGACCCAUAAACUCAGCUUGUGUGCUUACGGAGAAUACAAAAAAAAUCUUUUCCUUUU